AUGGAUGAAACAAAUACAGCGAGCGCCACAGCCGGCGCCGGAGGAAAGGAAGAGAACCAGGUACAGCUAGUGCUGAAGAUUUUAGAAGCUAUCAAGAAAGUUUCUAAAGAAUUACAAUCCAAAAACUCCGUCGACUGCAACUCGCACAUCAAAACGUUAAUGGAGCUGCAAACAAGGCCCGAAUCAGUUUUCUCCGCAGACCCACAUCUCUCUUCUGUUAAUCAACACCUCUCCGACUUAAAUGAGUUAAUCCAGGAUGUCCUGGAUUCGAAACCCGGUGGGGGUAUCAGAUCGUUCGUGACUCGGCGGGUCAGGUUCCACGAACUCUCCCGAGUUUCGAGCUUGAUUGAGUCUGAACUACAGGCAUGGAUAGAUCGUGAAACAAUAUUCAAUUUGACAAAAACACUGUACCGAAUUCAUUAUUCAAAAGCAUCAUCAGAUGAAGAAAUUCUACUGCAAAAAAUGGAUUCAUUCCGGGAAAUUCUUUCAAAGGGCUUCGAUAUAAACCUCCAAGAUUUGCUAUUAAAAUCUGGGAUUUUCUCAAACCUCGAAAGGAUUUUAUGCAAUCCAGUUUUUUCCACAAGGGUUCGUGAAAAAUCCGCCAUAGCCAUCGAAGAGCUUGUUCUUUACAACAAAGACGUAUUCGUGGGCCUUGUAUUAAUCGGAAAAACUGUCAAAUCUUUAGUAUCAAUGGCUUCUAUUUCUUCUCUACAAGUUCUUUGCUCUCUCAUAAAGGCGAUCAAGAGCCCUUUAGUCGAUGAACUUGAUUUAUGCGGUGGAAUUUCAAAGAUUGUUGACUUAUUACAAUAUUCUGAUGAUUUCGAAAUGCGAUUAAUGGCAUUCAACUGCGUACUUGAAAUCGGGUAUUUUGGAAGAAAAGAGUCUGUUCAAGCAAUGCUGAAUGCAGGUUUGAUCAAUAAACUGGUGGAAUUGCAGAGGUCGGAAAGUAAUCAAUUUGCAGGAUGUGUAGUGAAAUUUACAAUCGAAAUGGAGAAUGGGGAAGGGCUAAGGCAAAGAGAGAGGAGAAAUUUUAAGCAAGAAAUACUGGAGAAAUUAAAAGAGGGAUGUGUUUCUGAGGCUGAAGCAGCCACCAUUGCUGCUGAGGUUUUGUGGGGGGCUCCACUUUGA